AUGACGGCUCCUGCCGCUGUUCCUCCGGCCUCUGAUGCGGCCCCGGCGCCGGUGGAUGCUGCUGCUUCCUCGCCUCCUGCCCCUGUCCCUGACGCAGCUCCGUCGCCCGUGGAGGCUGCAGCUCCCGCGCCUUCUGCCCCUGCGCCGGACGCAGCUCCGUCACCCGUGGAGGCUGCUGCUCCCGCGCCUUCUGCCCCUGCACCUGCACCUGCCCCUGACGCAUCUCCGGCUCCUGCGGAUGCUGCUGCCUCCUCGCCGGCUGAUCCUGCUCCCGUUGAGGCGGCUGCUUCACAGACCCCUCCACCCCCUCCUACGAGCAGCAAGAUUGUCAACGCUCUCAACUGUACCGAUUACAAGGUCACCGGGUCUCUGAAGCUAGACGGUCGUCCUCUGAGCUUCACUGGCAUGCCCGUGACCCUUACUGUUUCCGACCAUGCUGAUGAGAUGGUGUUCAUUGAGUGCCCGUCGCAGACGAUGGAUUUCAAGGCUAAUGGCUCGAAGCACUACGGUAUUGUCUCUCCUGUCUCUUCGCCUACCAACCAGUGUGUGAAAGCGUCGGAGCUUGCUAAGCCCAACGCGCCGCUGGUGAUUCAAGACUGCUCGAUGAGCGACGACAGCUCUCAAAUGGGGCAGACAUUUGAGUACGAUGAUAAUGCGCACGUCCUCACGUUCGUCGGCCAUCCCGCGCCUGGCGACUUUUACCAGACCAACCUGGUGGACAAUGCCACUGUGGCUGUGUCGCCUGACGGUGGCCCUGCCUCGAGCCUCCAGCUUGAGUAA